GAAGCAAAGCAGGUGAUCAGAACAUGUUGGCGGCACAUGCUCACUUUAAACGUCUUCUCUCCUUCCGACCUGGUCAUCUUUCCUGGGUCCCGAAUGAACCUCAUCUAGACUCACGAAUCACGAUCGGGGAAGCCCGAGUAGACACUGCUUUGUGCAAGUCACAUAGUAAGAUGUCCUCUCUAGGAGUUAGACGAGCUUCGCUGGGAGGCGCAACACAGCCAGCAGCCAAGCAGCCCUUCUCAUUUGGAAGUGUUUCCGGCUCGACCUUCGGCUCUGGCCCACCAGCAGGCCCCUCCCACAGCAACGCGACCGCGGGCAGCUUGUUUGGCAGCACUGCUACUCAGCAACAGCCGCAAUCGCUUGGGCAACAAGGACAGCAGACACAACAGCUCAGCGGUGGAGGGUUGUUCGGAGGACAAAAUGCUCAGAGCGGGGGACUCUUUGGAGGUCAGAAUGCUCAGAAUAUACAGCAAAGCGGCACAGGAGGUGGCACAGGCGCGAGUGCCGGUGUAGGCGCCUCGUCGUUCAGCUUCGGGGCCCAGAACAAUCAAUCCGCGGGACAACAGAACAAGCCUGCGGGAUCGCUCUUUGGCGCUCAGCCAGCAGCUGGGUCCUCCAGUCAAGCCUUUGGCUCGAGUCUCUUUGGCCAGUCUCAGGCCCAGCAGCCGAAACCUGCCUUCUCCUUCUCUCAGCCACAGCAGUCCCAAACAGCAUCUCAGGGCGGCGCUUUUGGCUCAUCUUUCCAGCAAGCAUCAGCACCUGCUUCAAACACCAAUCAAGCUGCCUCUUCGCCUUUUCUGAGUCACCCAUACUACGCGCGAGAGAAGUUUAACCAGUUGCCCGAGGACCAAAGGAAGCUGAUCGAAGAGCUUGACAACUUUAUGCAGACGCAAAGGAGGAACGGCGCUCCCCUGGCCACGAUGGAUUUUGCUCCGAUCGCCAAAGUGUCGGAAGAAGCUCAAGAGCUGGCCAGUGACUUGUCGUCGUUGGGAGCUGCCCUCGAGAUCGAUCUGCUCGCUGCGCGCGACGCCAACAAGCGCGUCGAGGAAGAUGGUAGAGACAGUGGAAACUUGCUCGAGCUUCUGAGAGGAGAAGCUCGAACAGACUGGCUGCGAGGAUUCUUUGAGCGCUCAGCCAACGAGUUCCGGGAAAGGAUCUUGAGGUAUAGAGCAACCAUGGAGCAAAUAGAACGACACUUGAGUAGCGUGGAUAACAGAGAGUCGCAUUCACCAGAAGCUAUCUCGGAAGCUAUCAGGGUGCAGCAUGCGUCAUUUAUGGCGCUGGCAUCUUCGGUAGCCGCGCUUCAUUCGGAAGUGGAGGGCUUCAAGAGACGGUACAGCGACUGGUACUUCCAGACGCACAGGACAGCUCGGGACCCCUUUACUGCGCUUCCCGACGAUUUUGCGAGAUCUUUUGGAUGAUUGGGUGAGCUCAUCAAGCUACAAGCGUCGAGAAUUCGUCCAUGAUACCACACGCCGCGGAUGACACUCGAUCAGCGGGUUGCCAUUGCGAGCCGGACGUGGCUCAAAAGCACACCUCAGCCGAGUCUGGAUGAAAACAAGCACCUGACGUGGGUGUUCGAGUGACACGGAUUGCACUGAUCUACCAGCAGCUCGAAUUCUGCCAGGGGCAGGCGGUAGUGGUGCGGAUACAAGAUGUCUAGAGCAGGAAGCUUAGUUAUGCGUGAGAUGAAAUGUGAUGCGAACGAAUUCUUGGCAAAGCGC